AUGGGCGCUGGCGCAUGGCUUCCGAACUUCUCCACCGCCGCUUGCAAGACUAAUGAGACGGGAUGUGCAAGUUGGUAUUUGGAGUGGUUAGGCGCAGCCGUCAAGUUGAGCUGGCGCCUGAUCACGCAUUUUUGGGCAGAGGCAUGCAGGAGCACCUGGUUGCGCCGAAUGAGAGGACUGUCGCUCACGCCCGGAGGGACAUUCUCCGCAGCAAUCAGUGCUUGUGACAAGGCUCGACAGUGGCCAGCGGCGCUGGCGCUGCUUCGCGAGGCCAUCCAGCGGAGCGUGGCGCAAGGCUACUGCUACAAUGCUGCCAUUAGUGCCUGUGAGAAAGGGGGCCAAUGGAUCACAGCUCUGGAGCUGUUCCGGGAGAUGAGGGCGGCCGACCUAGAGGUGGAUGCAUUCUCCUUCGCCGCAGCAGCAUCAGCCUGCGAGAAGGGCGCCGCAUGGCCCGCAUCCCUUCAACUGCAUCAACUCCUUUUCCAAGUCGGUGUGCAGCCGAAUGUUGUCAGCUUCGGCACAGCCCUGGCGGCUGCGGCAGCUGCACCCUGGCCAACAGCACUGGAGCUGCUUUCAGAGAUGAGGCACUGCCGCGUCACGCCGAACAUCAUUAGUUACAAUGCCGUGGUUCAUGCCUGCGAGCAAGGAGCCUCGGGCCGCAUAGCACUGGACCUUGUGCAGGAGGCGCGAGACCUCCAGCUGAGAAUCGAUGGGAAGUUCCUUGGAGUUGCUCUUGCGGCAUGCAGGCGCGGCGGCUUCUGGGAAGAGGCUAUCCUGUUGUGGAGCAGCCUUGCCAAGCAGGAGCCUAACGACCAUCACCUUGCCAGCUGCCUCUUUGCUAUCCAGGCCUGCGAGGGUACCGCAGCUGGCGUGGCACUGUGUGCCGAGCUGGGGAAGCGGCUGCAGAGGGCGGCAGGGCCUAGGGCUGCAGAACUGGACCAGGCCUUUGGCUGCGCGGACGAGCUGUUGGAGCGAGGGCAGCUGACGGCCGCUGCGGCGACGUCGCUGGGGCGGCGUGCGGCAGGUGCUCGUGGGCGGCUCCUUGCCUUGGCAGGAAUACGUCGGCAGCCAACUUCGCAGCUUGCGCCUGCAGCGUCUCCACGCGCGGAGCGAGGCUCUUGGCGGCUGCACGAACCUCUUCUGGAGUUGCAGCCGAGCCUAGGCUGGGUCUACACGACAGAGGUCUUGCAGGGCCAGCUGGCCUUCAGUUCUUCUGGACGUUGGCGGGGUUCAGCACGUCGUGCCUCUCGUCGAGAACUGUCCGACGCGCUGCUCAAUGAGGACUUAGACGUCAGCAGCCAAAGCAUUAUUUCCUGGCUCGCCUUCAACAUGCAAGCUGACACCUCAGGCUUAUCUAUGGGAGUUCCUGGCCGCUGCACAGCCUUCGCUGCCAGCUGGACGACGGAUUCAGUUCAGGGAGGCCUGGCCUUGGAGCAGCGCUUGUUGCCCGUCUUCCGCGAGCACGACCGGUCGCAGCAUGCCGAGCGCAUGGCUUUGCUGUCCGUGGCCACAAGCGCUGCGAGCCAGAAUCAGGAGAGGGCAGCCGACAGACAAUCCACAACCUUUGGCGCCGUGCGGCUGUAUGCGACUCACACACUGUGCAUUUCUUGCCUGGCAGUUUGCUGCCAGUUCCACCGACUAUUUCCGCGCGUGUCGCUGAAGGUCGAAAUGGACACAUGGGACGAGACCUUGCGCUGGUCGUGUCAAAAAGCUAGCUCUGCUGUCCGCGCGACUUGA